GUUUCGUGUGGGAUUUCCAGUGAAGGGGAGGGGAAAAGUGCCGUGCGACACCAACUCUGCUCAUUCGCUCCUCCAGUCUGCCGCACAGCGCUGCGUCCGAGCGGCAUCAACUUGAAAACAUAUCGAAAACCCGGAGGAAGGAAGCUGGUGUCGGGGAAAUCUGCUGCUAACAGCCACGUAACCUGCCGAGGGAUGUAAGCCAACCGCCUGAGCCCCGCUGAAGCGACUGGUGUGGCUCUCAACCCAGCCCAUAGCUGUGGAUUGCAUCAUUAUGAGACAAUAGCAGUGGGAAUCAAAACUCUCCCUCCUCCUCUUCCUCCAUCUCCUCCCACGGUUUCUUUUUUCUCUCAGCCUGACUCUCAGCUGAAACCCUCCCCCUAACAAAUACACGAUCACCAACACACACACAUGCAACCUUCUGACCACUCCUCCCACACUGCUCAUGGUCCACUCCCCCCCCUCAUCUCUCCAGCCAGUCAAGCAGUGAGUGGAUGGAAGCUGUGUAAUCCUCUGUAAAGUAUAGGGCCUAUACGGCUGCAUAUGCUCCCCUUUGUCAUGGCGGCUGUUAUUGUUGCGGAGGCCUCCCUCAGGAGAGAACAUGAGGGAGGACAGAAGGCAGCAUAAAGCUCACAAAGGGAGGAAGAGAGAGCCAGAGAGCGAGUGAGAAAGACUGUUGCUGCCAUUUAUUUGACCGGAGGAGAAUGAGCUUUACAGGGCAACGAAUGGAAUUCAGUGGGGGUGAAACCACAUGAUGUGGGACUGGCAUUACCGCCCCACGCCAAUCACAAAGUGGACCAGCAGUCAACUUUGGAGAUAUUUGCCACAUAGUGACCUGCAGAAAGGAAUGCAGUGAAAUAGAGAAAAGUAGAAAGUUUUUUUUUUUCUUGGUUUAGAAUAUUUUUCUAUUUGUCUCCUUGGUAUUUUUUUUUCCAAUUGCAGCCUACCAAAAGUGCCUUUUUUGUGUUGCUUUUGUUUGGGUUUUUUUGUACACAUCUUGCUCUGAAUUCUUACUUCAUAUCACCACAAAUCAUUGCAUGUAACUUAACGUACAGUAACUGUCACAUUGAGUGCAUGUUACCAUAUUUUAGAGAAGGCACAUAGUAUAUUUAACUCUUUUCUGUGUGCCUGUGGGCAACACCAGCCUCCAACAAAUCCACAUUUGACAAUCAUCAUCAUCAUCAUCAUCUUCCCGAAUUUUGUUUCUGCUUGGGUAGAAGUUCCAAGCAUUAAACCACUGACGGUCAAGUUUCUCCAGACCAACGUGACUUUCAGCACUGCCUCUUCCCAACCUCUGUUGCUUUGACGACGCAGAGCCGUCGCCAUGGUCGGUAUCCAUUCCAAAUGGCGCUACCUUUUCAUGUUUCUGGGCAUUCAGCUGGUGGUCAUGGCACUGCUGUCCCGAGAGGGAUACCAGAAGAGGGUCUCUUACUUCAUCCGCAUCUUCCGCAAGCCCGACCCCACGUUGUCAGGCCGCAACCACACGUCGACUGGCAUUGCUGGAGGAGAUGUGUACGCCAACCUCUCCCACCUGUCCAAAGGUCAUAGCCAUGGAGACGAAAUGCCCUACUGCCCUAAGACAUCCCCGCUGAUAGGUGGGCCAAUCCACGUCAGCUUUCCAUCAGGGCUCACGCUAGCAGAGGUUCAGAGGAAAAACCCGCUAGUGGUGCGUGGCGGACGCUACAGGCCGCCUGACUGCGAGGCGAGGCACCGAACAGCCAUCAUCAUUCCCCACAGACACAGAGAACACCACCUUAAGUUCCUACUGUACUACCUACAUCCUUUCCUGCAGCGACAGCAGCUCCAGUAUGGAAUUUACGUCAUUCACCAGGCCGGAAACUACACAUUUAACCGGGCCAAGCUGAUGAAUGUUGGUUUCCGGGAGGCCAUGAAGGAGGAAGACUGGGACUGUCUCUUCUUCCAUGAUGUGGACCUCAUUCCAGAGGACGAUCGCAACACAUAUGUCUGUGACGCCAACCCCAAACACGCAGCCAUCGCCAUGGACAAGUUUGGCUACAAGCUUCCGUACAAGAUGUACUUUGGGGGAGUGUCAGCUCUGACGCCACUGCACUACCUCAAAAUGAAUGGCUUUCCCAACAACUACUGGGGCUGGGGCGGAGAGGACGACGAUAUUGGAGUCAGAGUGUCUCUGGGGGGUAUGUACAUCACUCGUCCAUCGCUGAAGGUUGGCCGUUACAAGAUGAUUAAACACAAGCUGGACAAGGGCAACGAUGUGAACCCGAAGAGAUUCAACAUGCUGGCCAAGACACGUCAGACCUGGAAGUUGGAUGGGAUGAACACGGUUGAGUAUGAGACAAUCUCACGGCAAUACCUGCCCCUCUACACCAACAUCACUGUCAACAUCGGUACUGAGGCCGGACUACACCCACUUCCCCCAGCGCCGCCUCCUCCUGCCAAAGCUGCAGGCAAAGUCAACGCACCUGCUGAAGGCCCAGCCAAGCUCAAAGAGGGCCGCUGAAAGCAACAGUCUGCCCCGAGGAGACCGCUGACGAUGUUUCACUUUGCCAUAACUUCAGCGGGUGGGGUUUUUUUUCUUUAUGGUGGCCUGGAGUUUGUUUUUUGCCUAUUUUAAGCAUUUUCAUCAUUUUAUGGAGGAAUUAGUUUGUGUAGAACCAACAUCACACUGCCUGCGGACAGUGAGACACACACUUUGGUGAUUAAAAUCACUUGAUUCGUUAAAACUGAAAACAGUAGACCUGGAUUUCUCAGCCCUCAGGUGAUGGCCCAGCGCCUGUGACAUCACCGAUUAUUCUUCCAAUGGAGCCACAGUGAAGGGUUAAAGUUGGACUCUGUGAGUUUAUAUAUCUCCAGCGCUGUGGUCGCUGGUUAAACCUUGUGAUGCCUUAGAAUCUCGUUCUUCUUUUGUCGUUUCACUUGUACCUUACCUUACCUUAAUGAGAAUAUUAUGUUUAACGGAGCUGUAGCUGCGAUGUCCAGCAGUCGCACUGUGCCACGAGAGUCGCUGACUUUUUUUUUUUUUUUUUUUGUCUCAACGCCAAUGAAUACAUAACUGAAACGGACUGUUUUUGUUUCCAGUUGAGGGUGUGAAGCUGCUACGAUGAGCGCUGAGUGAAGGAAUCUGACAGAUAUGUACCUUACUGUCAGUACUAUUACUGCUUCUGUUGUAACGGCACACAUGUCCUGUCUGUCUGCAGACAUCCGGGGUCUUAUUUAUAAAGGGUUCCUACACAGGCAUGCUGAUCUUCAUCUGUGUGGUUUGUCUGUCAAAACAUAGACUAAAUCUUUCCAAUCCAACUUUUGGGCUUUGUACAUGUGGUUUUUACCUCCUGUUAAAUUACAAACCAUCGAUCAGGAAAGUGAAAACAUUUUACACCGAGGCCAAGGUAAGGUUCCUCAGUGUGCAGCGUUUAUCACUGUCAGCGAAUUCAGUUCAGCCUUUCAGAUUUCAGCGUGUCCCAUCGACAACGCUUCACUUCAUUUUCUUGGUGUGUCUGUUUUCUGUAUUUUGUCAAAUACGACAGGUCUUGGUGACGGUGAUCAGUCUUCAGCCUUCAGAUGGGCUCCAGCUGACAUACAGUCGGCCUUUUGCCCAUCUCCUGUCCUCAAAAUUGUAGAAAGUGGCUUCAGCAGCGUCAUCAGACCAGCACAGGUUCAGGAGUAGAGAUUAAUAAAUGCUGUUUCAACCUCAAGUUGCGGUAGCCCAAUUUAUCCACGUAGACGAACAAGUUCUGUAGCUCGAGUCCAAAGCACAAUGUGAAAAAUCUCUGUGAUCUUUUUUGUUGUGACAACAUCUUUAGUUUUCAAGUUUUAACUUCAACUGAAGGACUUCAAUUGUCCUUCUUUGUGGUUGAAGAAAAAUCAGACAUUUAGUAAUUUGUGACUCACAAAAUCCUGUCUGAAUGCUUUGAUGUGUUGAUGCCGUGAGGUUUUGACCCAACACCAACUGUGUGUCAUUUUGUAAAAUGUGACAGAAAAUCUGAAGCAUGUUACGGCUACCUUUAGCAGAUAAGGAAACAGGUUGUUUCUUUCCAACUUCUUUUCUUCUUUUGCUUAAAUGUUGAAACAGUUUGCUUGUGAUUUGUCUCUGAAAAGCCAGUUCUCAUGGAGACAUCUGCCAUAUCUUUUCCACUGGUGCCCGUAUGCUGCGUGCCGACUCUCCUCCCUCACUGUUCGCUUCUCUCCACUGACAGAUUUGAUUGUUUACUCAAGAAAAAAAACAAAACAGUCCCUUUACGCAGUGAGCGUGACUGUACUGGCAGGUGAACAAGGCUGAAACCAAAGACGACUGAAUGGAAAGCUGUGAAGAUGGAUUAAAUAAAAUGUGUGUACACAGUGUGCUUCAUAUCUUCUGGAUGCUUUCCAUGACACUGUAUACUCUAUCGCUUGCCUCUCUUGAUAUUCGUAGCCUCUUUCCCAUCUGAUUUCAAAGAACCUCAAACCGACUUAUGUUCAGUACAGCCUGCAGAUUUUAAUGAAGGGAGGAGGUUGGUUUGUGAUUAGUUUUUCAAAUGCUGUUCUGAAACUUUUCAGCAAAACAUUUCCUGUCAUUGUGGUAUUUGUCUGCUGAAGUGGACAACAUGAGCUCUGAGAGUGGUUGCCUGUGAAUUUAGAUGACUAUAUACUGUUUUAUUUUAUUGUGAAUUCAUAUUCAGCUCCUAUGGCCUUAGCAACACACAACAGCAGUAGUAUCAGGACAACCUGGUCACUAACAGCAUCUUGUUAGCAUCAACACUAGAGAUGCCUGGGAGAGGACCUGUUAGAAAGACUUCGGGAAUGAAAUGAGCCCAACGUGGACAUGAUUCUUAUCAGCACUCGCACAGAAAAUAUGGAGCAUGUUGACGUGUUGAGGUUGUGAGCUGGAAGCUGCCUAAAUGUGACUUUAAAUGCGAGUUUGCAUCUGCUGUGUGGAGCGCUCUGUCACUGUUGUGUAAAAGCUUAUAUUCCCAAGUCACCGUGUACAGUCUCCAUCUUUUACUUGACCUGAUGUUUUGUUUUUCUUUUUCCUUUUUUUUUUUUUUUUUUUUUUU